AAAGAAGAAAAUGUAGGUCCUGCUUUCUGGUUCACGCCUAAAGCUUUAGUAUGGAUGGUUGCUAUACCUCCACCCCGACCGCUUAAACGAGGGCUUUGUGCAUAGCUGUAGCCUGCGGGAGUGGCUUCACUUAGACUAAGGUACUCAUCGGGUCUAAUCCACGUUUCUGUGAGGCACAGAGCAUCAAAAUCAUGGUCUGUAAUAAUUUCAUUUACAAUAAUGGCUUUAGAUGCCAGGGAUCUAAUGUUAAGCAGUCCUAGUUUUAGACCAAAGGUGCGGUCAUUGUAAACUGGUGUAACUGGUCUGAUAUGAAUGAGGUUACUAAGGCAAACGCUUCGAGGCUUUUUGAUGUGUUGUUUUAUUCGGGGAACAGACACAGUCUCAAUUGUAUUUACACAAUAAGCAUUUGUAGAAGUGCUAGCAAUCGGCUUAUUUCUAGCAGUAACACUAGCAUGAUGAGCUGUAGCGUUUCUAUUUUUGCCGCUACUUACGUGGCCGCUUUGAAGUCAGCGGAUGGCCCUCUCGAUGUUCCGUCAGAGGUCGACGGACCCCAGAGGAUUAGGGUGAAGCCCAUCCCUCCGGUAGAGCGCGGGCUGCUCCCAAAACGAAGACCAGUUGUCCACGUAGCCCAAACCGUUGCAGGCGCACCAGCCGCGGAGCCAGGACUGCAGCGCGAAGAGCCUGCUGAACCGCUCGGAUCCCCGCCGGUAGGUGGGAAGAGGGCCGGAGAUGACGAUCCUGGCGUCCGUCUUCUUCCUGGCGGUGUCCAGUAGCGUCUGGUAGUGCUCCUUCAGGACCUCGCUGCGCCGGUCGGAGAUGUCGUUGGUCCCGACGUGGAUAACCACGGUCCCGAAGGCGUAGCGUCUGCGGAGGCGCUUGGCGAUGUCUAAAACCCGGGCACCUGGAAAACAGGAGACAGUGGCGCGGCAUGUUGAAACCUGUGUAGGAGAAGAAAUAGAAAGAGAGAGGGAGAAAACAAAAAGAGGGAAAAGGCGUGAGGGGUUAGCGUGAGGGGUUAGCGGUCUGAAAGUGUUAAUUAUUGAAGUGAAAGUUGAACGCUGCUCAAUCUGAAGUUCUAAGCUAUGGUGCUCUCUGUCGCUCGCAGUGACGUGCUCUCUGUCGCUCGCUCCCGUGUAGUGAAGCCAGAGAAUUUGUAGUGAGGAGAACUGCCCCUCAGUAAUAAUUUUUGACUUUGUCAAACACUAGAGGGUGCUAUUGAGCAUGAUCAAAAUCAUAGUUUAGAAGUGAUGCUAACCAAUUAUCAAUUAGUAGCAGUAAUGCUAACAAAUCAGCACUCAGUAAUGCUACUCAAUCAACACUCCGUAGUAGUAAUGCUAACAAAUCAGCACUGAGUAAUAGUAAUAUUUUACCAAUCAGCUCUCAGUAGCAGUAACACCAGAGAACUUGUAGAGAGGAGAAUGACAGUUUUCUCUAACACUAGAGGGCACUCCUGACUGAGUCCAAAAUGAAUGUGUUGAUAUGGAGCAUCUGAGAAAAAUCAUAGUUUAUAAAUGCUUAAACAUUUUUAAUGUAAAAGAAUGCAAUGCAUUCUGAAUCCUGAGCAAAGAACAGUAUAAAACAAUUUAACACUGCUGUUAUAUUUGUAAAAGCUUUUAAACUCGAGUUUAAAAUGUAGGUCCAUGAGGGUAAUGUAGGUCACAUGCCCGGCUCGUUGAUCUGAAAUGCCACCUGCAGAGAAAUCUGAUGUAGGAUUCACAUGGAAAGAAAGUUCCUCUGAGCACCACGUGCCUGGAGCUCAACACAGGAACAUCUGGGAACAUCAGAGCCGUGAGCUGCAUGUUGGUCAUUUGACUCAUUUAAAAAUGCGGCUUGGGCAGCCGUUCAGCUACAUCUGGAUCAAAUGUUCCAAAUCUGUUUACGCCUCCGACAUUAACGUUACAUUCUGAACCCUGACUGACGAAAUGAAUGAAUGGCACCUCAUAGUAUAAGAGCCAGCCAAUCACUGUGGACUUCCUUGUAGUAUUUACUGGGAAGUGCCUCCAUUUCAUUUUCGUUAUUGUCACAGAUGCCAACUGAGCUGCUAGGUCAUAUUUUCUUUUUCAGAUGGGUUUAAAAAGCCGUUAUACAACACCGACUGAGACUUGAUGGGCAAACUACUGUCGUUGGACUAAAUUCUCCAGUGAAAAAUGGCUGCCGGUAAGGAGCUUAGGCUGCCCUCUGCUGGAAUUGAGAGGGGGAGCAUGUAUGUUGGGAGUGCAUGCUGCUGCUGCUGGAGGAAUUGAGGUCGAUGCUUUUCUCACCUUGGUUUCAAUGUAACGCCACUUGAGUAGUCAGCAUCCUUCAUGAUACAUCUGCAUUGUUAGGCAUAACAGUGAUGGAGGACAUCACACCACCUUCAGCUGGGUUAGCUGGGAGCCAAGUACAUGGCGAUCCUAAAACUGCUCUGGCACUGUUGGAUGAUUUUCAGGACAAAUUUGGCAGAAAUCUAACAGAACCAGAAAACCCACAGACUCUAUCAAAUUUCUACAAAGGAUCUCCACCCAACUGGAUUAACUAUUAUAUUGCAGAGGAGCAGAACACACCCUUAGUAAAGAGGAAUGGCUACAAUCACAUUAUAAAACAAAUUAAGAAAUGCCGAGAAAUGAAACGUAUCUUCUCAUAUAUUAAUCUCUUCCACCAACCGGGAAGUGGAGGUUCUACGCUGGCUAUGCAGAUUCUUUGGGAUUUGAGGAAGGAUUUCAAAUGCGCCACCAUAAAGCCAGUCAAUGUUGAAACAGCAGUCAUUGCAGACCACAUCAUCAAACUCUUUACAGAAGGGGGUCCAAAUGAUCAAAGAACACUACUGUUGCUAGAUGACAAUGUCAGUGAAGAGAAUUUGAUGGAAAGUCUACACAUGGAAAUUGCUAAGCAAGAAAUAAAUGCCACCAAUCCAAUGGCUAUCCUGUUGAAUACAAAGCGAAAGCACACCAUCGUGGCUGGAGAUCCUCUGAGUCUGAGAAGCAACCUCUCUAAUGAGGAGCUGAACAACUUUAAAUUGAAAGAAGCAGAGAUGAAACUGAGCCACAGCGAUGAAGAAUUGAAGCUGUUUCACGGAUUUAAUCUCAUGAAAAACAAUUUCAACAAGAAGUAUGUGGCGAAUCUCAGCUCAAUCAAAGAAAUCAAGGACUAUGUAAAGAGGAAUAAACCGGCUUGCAACACUGAACUUUUCUCAGUUUUGGCACUAUUAAAUUCAUAUGUUCCUGGGUCCUUUCUGCCACUUUCUCGAUGUUUGAAUUUUUUAAACCCUCGAUACACAAGCUCCCAACAAACAUCAGCUGAACAAAUCACAACAUUGCAGGAUCCCCCACAUAUGAUUUCUGAAACAAACAUGGCACUAGAGAUACCCCCUGAUAACGACAUUGAGCAACUGCAUUUUGAAAAAGACAUGAAGCCUUUUAUGAAACUCAUAGUUGUAUUUUCAAGAGAUGAGACAAAGAGUGAGUGUGUUCGGUUAGCACAUCCAAUGAUUGCCAAUGAAUGCCUGAAGAUACUGGCUGAAGCUGGCAUAACCAAAGGAGAAAUUGCCAAAAGAUUUCUUGAGUCCUGCAAACCAAAUGAGCCACCAUAUGUGGUGAAAAUGAUCAAAAGUUUGCUAAUUAAGAGAGAAAUUCUGGAGGAAAACAAAGAGAUGUUCUCCAGACUCAUUUUAGAUAUAAAAGAUGAAGGUGAUCUAAAGAUGUGUGAGGAAUUGUUUGAAAUUGCCACAACUAUAUUUGAAAAGGAUCCCCUUUUCCCACAAGCUUUUGCUCGUUUCCUCUACAUCGUACUCCACAAAUUUGAUGAGGCUGAGCAUCAGGCACGUGCGGCCAUUGUCUGCGAUCCCCAAAACUCUUUCCUCAGGGACACACUUGGACAAAUCCACAAAAAACAUUUAAGGACACACAUGAAAAAAAGAUCACCUAUUGCAAAAUUUUUAGAUGUAGCACAGUUAGCCAUAAAGGCAUUCAGAGAUGGAGAAGAUGCAGCUGAAAGUGAGCAAGAUCCAAACACCUCAAAUGCUCAGUCAAAGAAUGUAUCACAUGCUUUCAACUGUAGCGGACUUUUUGGUUAUAUUCAAGUAGCCAACAUUAUUUUUGACACUCUGACAUCUUUUAACCAAAAGUGGCAUGGUGUUCUCACAGGAGAGGAAUCCAUUCUUGUGCUACCCAAAGCAGAAGACAUCCUAGACUAUAAAGAUCUCAUUGAAAAACUGCAGGUUAAUGUAGAAAGGAAACAUGCAUUCUUUGAGAAAUACUUGAUCUACUCCAAACCCAGUAGAUACAAAUCAGAACCAUCACACAUUCAAAGGGAUGUUGAUAUGUGUUGCAACAAGUAUCUGCUUCAACACUCAAAGCCUGCCAGUUCCUGUCAUUCUAUAAUGGACAGAAGCUUUCCUGGUCUAUUCUCUUGUCUCGAUCGAGGCUAUUGUAGUUACUUUUUGGAGCGCAUCACAGAGCACACUAGGAAAAAGCAUGAAGAGCAAAUGUCUGAAGUGAACGCUGCCAUGAACUACGUUCUUUCAAACAUCGUCCUCAGCAACAAGGAUGAGAUAUCUCAAGUACUGCGGACACUGACAGAUCUCAGAGGCAUUCUGUGGAGAUUUGUAGAGAAGAUCUACCAAAGUCCAGAAUUUUUCCUCCUUGUUCUGCUCCUGUUUUGGCCAAAUGAGCCACAGCAUCAACACUUGCAUUUCAAAGUAGAUUUGAACAGCAUUGUUGAGAAUAUGAAGACAGCUUUUGAUCAAAAGUACAAAAAGUACUUUCGGUCCAGGUACCUGAGGCCUCUCUUUUUCCUGGGACAGGACACGGGCUUGAAGAGGCUUGUCCACAGCUGGAAAGUUCACAGUGUCCAUACAAAGCACAGAAAUAAUCCUAAGCAGAAAAGAAAAACAUGGGCCAAUCUGGACUGGGGAAAUAACCAGCUAUGGAAGGACAGCGACAUCCAGAAUCUUCUACUCCGCGUCCGUGGAGUUUUCAAAAAACAGCAGCUGUUUGCUUAUGUUGAAGACAAAGAGAUCGCCAUCUAUUCAGACCAGGCUUUUGUGUCAUAUCAAGGUCCUGCUUCCUUCUUCCUUGGCUUUACCAUCAAAGGACCCAUGGCUUAUGACAUCAAAUUUGAGCAAGACGGUGAAGGAGCACACGUGGACAAAUUCAUGGAAUCCAAAGAGGAUUUAGAUCAGUGCAGGCCACUUCCAACUUGCUGCACUUGUGCUGGUUUACAGGAUUCCACAGAAUGGGAGCUCGUUGUACCGGAUGCCGAGGCUUCAUCAGAAAAUGGAAAUGUAAAGUACAGGUUCACUGCUGCACCAGGGAGUUAUGAGUGCUCUGUUACUGGUCUCCGGUGGGAGAGCUCCAUUGAAGUUGAACUGGAAUACUGCUGGAGUAACUGGGAACUAGUGAGUGAGGUUCUGGAGAGAGAACAGUAUCAUCCUGGUGGCCCAUUGCUGGACAUUACUGUUAUCAGAGGGACGCUGAAUGCUGUCCAUCUACCACACUUUCUCUGUUUAGGUUCAGAGUCACCCCUGAGUGAUGCAGUGAGGGUUUUCCAUGAUGAAGAUGUUGGUGCUUCUUUUGAGACUUGCAGUCUGAGCCGCUUCCAUGCAAAACUGCUCCAGCCCACGUUCUCCCCAAAAGGUGUUCUUGUCAAAAAUGGAUUCCGAGUAAAGGCUCACUGCGAGAUCUUGAUCUAUCAUGUUUUGGCUGCGACUCUGACUCUUCACAUAUACAUAAUACCACAUGAUUUCAAAAUGAAAGAGGCUGUGGAAAAGGAAAGAAGUGAUAAAUGUCUGAAAAUAUUAAAGCCCAAUCCAAAGUCCUCACUCCAAAUGAAGAGCUGGUACAAACUGAGAACUUUACAGAAGACCAAACAAUCCGACUAUAAUUCUGAAAUCACUCCCACGAGCUUAAAACUGAGAUACAACACUGCUACUACAAACUUCUUUGAGGUGUACAUCAACAAUCCUGAAGAAGACUUCUACUUGCAGCUGACGACAGAAAAAGACAAUGAAGUAGUUUGGGAGGUACCAAUACGAUUAAAUGAUUUCAGUAUGGUGCCUGGAUCUUUGUAUGGACAGAAAGGUUGUUCCAGCUCACAUGCUGUUUGCUUUGUGGACAAGUACAUGAAUGAGCUCACCCAGAAGGUUAGAUUAGUGAGCCCGAUUGCAGAUGACCUAAAGCCCCUCAUUGGAGAUGAGAAGUACUCCAUCAUAAGAGGAUGUGCAACACCACAGGAGCAGAUGAGAACUCUCUAUUCUUUCCUGGAAGGAGUGCAGAAAUUAAAGGUGAAGUUUUAUGAGAGUCUUCAGAAAAACGAGCCUCUCAUUGUUGAACAACUGCAGAGGAACAGACAAAGCAGUGGUUUCACUUCGGAUUCUGUGGGACCGAGAAAUGGCUCCUUAGAGCAGCCUGGCAGAGUACCUGGGCGAGGAUGGGACUCCAGUAGAGGAACAGACGGUGUCAAGGGACAUUCUAUUUCUCCGGCCUGGGGAACCUGGUACAGGAAUCAAGGAAACGCCGGCCACUUGGAGGAUGCUGGAAAGGACACAGAUGGAUUAUUGGCAAGCACAGAAGGUGGAACCCAGGGACUAAACAUCUCAGAUACCCCUGGACUGAGUACAUUGAAUCCAAUUGGUGUAGGCAUUCCGCAGACAUCUCCACCUAGACGUGCCAGAGUCCCAAGGGCCCCAGCGUGGCAUAAGGACUAUGUGGUUGACUUAUAAAGGACGUGAGGACACGUCCCGAGGUAAAGUGGGGGUAGUGUAAGGACUUUUAGAGAGGGGGCGUGUCCUGGUCCUUAAAAAGGAGGUGGCUUCCAGGAGAAGGGAGAGUUCCGGGUCAUGCCUCGAGUGCGAGUGGCGGCACGUGCUGAGAUCGAGUGGGGCGGAAAACUGUGGAAGACCCGGAAUUUUUCGGUGUGAGAAAGCUGCAUGUGCCCGAUUACAGCAAGCGGACGUGUAUGAGAGUGCGGUGUGUCCACCGUAACUGAGAUCUGCGAGCUGACUGAGCUGCUGUCUACAGACGGAGAUGAAUGGACACUUGCUGAGACAUCAAGUGCAAGGAUUCAGCGAGCUGGGUCAGUCUAUUUCUGGUCAGACUUUUUAUUGAGAUUUACUCCUAGGAUGAUGAAUUCAAUACAUUCUGGGAACUCUUUGUGUUACUGUAGUUAAAUAGUGAGGUUGUUUGCACAAUGCCCUUCCCCUUAAGUGGGUUAACUUUUGGGUGAACUUUUAAAUCUAUCUCUCUCUCAUGUCUUUGGAGCUGUUCAGGAUGGCUAAAAUAGUCAGGAAUAGCUAGGGUGUAAUAGUUUUACACGUAAGCUGUGCUCAAUACAAGUGUGUAGUGCUGUGUAAAAAAGGAAAGUUUUAUCGUGAGGGGGGGGAUUGUGUUUUUGAAAGAUUAUUAGCCCCGGUAACCCUUCUAGGCCUUCUGGUAUAGCGGUACAAGACAAGAGGUAGAUAUAGAGGGAUCGUUUUAUAGAGUGAUUGUUUUUAGAAGUGUUGGUAAUUA